UUGAUUUUUCAAUUUACUAAAUUCAUGAGUUACCUUUUAUCAAAGAAAUGAAUAUUAAUUUAGGCAAUAAAUUUUUAUAAAUGGUUAUAUUUUUAAAACGAAUCUAAAUUAAAAUUUAAAAUACACAAUGAAAUCAGAACUUAGAACUCCUGCAAGUCGAGAAACCAUCAGACAAAGUAUUAUAGCACGGCGGUUAACGAAAGUUGAAUCUGUACAAUUACCAUUACCAGAACCAACAUUGUUAGACAAAAGACUUUGUGAAAUAUUUGAUGUAUUUGAUAUUACAAAGACUGGUGAAAUAGAUGUUAGAGAUUUGGGGACCGUUAUUAGGGCAUUAGGAUGUGUUGUGACAGAAGCCGAAUUACAAGAAAUACAAGUUGAAGUGGAAGAUGUAGUAAAUAAUAGUGUACCAUUAAAUAAAUUUCUAGAAUAUAUAACUAAGGCUAUUAACGAACGCAAAUUUAAACCAGCAGAACCAGAAGAUUUAUUAAAAGCAUUUCAAUUAUUAGAUCCCGAAAAUCGAGGAUAUAUUAUGCGUGAAGAUCUAGAAAAAGCAAUGAUGGAAAUUGGAGAACCAUUUUCAAAGGAAGAAAUAAAUAAUAUGAUGGCUAUAGCAUGUGAUCCAGAAACAAAAAGAAUUAAUUACGAACAUUACAUUAAUUUACUGCUUGUGGAAAAAUAUUGAAGCUUACAAUGUGAUCCAGGCCCUCUUGAACAGAAUGAUCUCUUGAAUAUAUUAAAUUUAAUUUUGAACCUUGUAUUGCAACUGGACUUUUAUUUGCUAUUUCUUCUGCAAGUUCUAUUGAGCCAUUUAUUAAAC